AUAAUAGAGACAGCACAGAAUGCAGCUGUUAUGAUGUAGUGAGAACUCGAUCGACAUUGAAAUAUUUUUUAGUGUUAUCAAAAUCACUGUGAUAUUCAUCUCUGGCAAAUUAUUUAUUAUUUCACCAAUAGAUAUCUAUAAUGUGAUAAUAUUUAUAAUAAUUAGGUGUACCUAUAAUUAUAAAUAUUAAUAACAAUUAAGUGUUAACCUGUGACAGUGGUGAAAUAAUAGUAUUGAAAAGUAUAGUGAUUCGUUAAAACUGGUUAAUUUUACUUUGUUUAAGUAUAAUAUUUGUUACAUUUUUAAUAUGGAAAAUCACAAAAUUGUAAGUUACAUUCGGAAAGCCCUAAGAGCUGACUGUUACGAAGAUUUUUCGAUCGAACUCCAAGGAAAACCUAAGAAAACUGAAGGAUAUGCAUCAGAUAUGGUAUUUGCAAAAAUAAGAUUAGCUGAUUCUGACAAAAAGAUUCAAGAAUAUCAUUUGGCCAUAAAAUUUUCGAAAGCAUCUAUGCGAAAGUUCGAAGUUUUUAGAAAUGUAUAUAAAAACGAACUUUUAUUCUAUAAGGAAAUAAUGGAAGUGUUUAAUGAUCAUCAAAAUAAACAAAAUGUUUCUAAGCCAUUUAAAGCAGUGGCAAAAUGUCAUGCCACCUUCUCGGAUGAAGAUGUGGACAUAAUAUUUCUAGACAAUUUGUAUCAGCAAGGAUACAUAUUACAUGAUCGCCAUAUAUCUAUGAAUAUGAAUCAUCUUAAAUUAUUAAUGAAAACUUACGCCAAAUUUCAUGCUAUUUCUCUUUCUUUAAAAGAACAACAAAAUGAGUCGUUUCUAAAAAUCUUAGAGAAUGAUCUUAUAACUAAGAAAACCGUAGAUUUUGGCAUGUCAGAUUUUUUCAAUGCCUGUGUGGUAAAAGUUUCAAAACAUUUAAGAGAAGGGAACCGAUUGGAUUUAUCUACAAAAUUUGAUAAGUUAAUGGAAAAGGGAAUAUCUGAAAUCAUAUCUGAUAUCAUCGUUAAAGAAAAUCCUGAGCUAUCUGUUAUGGUACAUUGUGAUUGCCAUAAUAACAACUUUAUGUUUAAAUAUAAGGACAAUAACAGGGAAAAUCUACUUGAUAUGGCUAUUGUAGAUUGGCAAAUAGUCAGAUAUCACUCUCCAGUGAUAGAUUUAGCAUACAUUUUGUAUUCAAUUGCCUCUAAACCAGAAAUUAAUGAAUCUACAGCCUUGUUGAAAUACUACCACGAAGAAUUAACAACUUUUUUUACGGAAUUGGGGAAUGAUGCUAAUUCUGUAUUUCCAUAUUCUGUAUUAAUGGAUCAUUGGAGAAAAUACGCUUUAUAUGGAUUUGCACAUGCCUGUUGUUUCAUGGAUUUUAAUUUUGUCAAACCUGACGAUGCUCCAUCUUUGGAUAACUUAGAUGAUAUGAGUUCGGUAUCAGAAAAUUUGUCCGUUAUUAAUUUAGGAAACAAUCAAAUGUAUAUGGAUAGACUGAUAGCAAUUGUUGAACAUUAUUUUAAUAAUAUUAAUGCAUAAAAUUAAUUUUAUUAUUUUGUUUUUGUAAAUAUACAUGAAAGAAACAAUAA